ACAUGUUUGGAUUGCGGUGGGAUGUCAAGUAUAUACAUAACAGAACCGCCAAUCUCCGGCAAAGUAAUAUUGGAAACUUCUCGAGGCGAAAUUGAAGUGGAAUUGUUUGCCGAUCAAUGUCCUUUAGCAUGUAAGAAUUUCAUUGCGUUGGCUUUGGAAGGAUAUUACGAUAAUCAAAUAUGGCAUAGAUUCGUUUCUGAUUUUAUCAUUCAAUCUGGCGACCCGACAGGGACCGGAGUUGCAGGUGAAUCAUUCUAUGGUCAAGAUUUCGCAGAUGAAUUUCAUCAAAGGUUACGAUUCAAUCGGAGAGGAUUGCUGGGCAUGGCUAAUGGAGGCGAGAGGAAUACGAAUGGAAGUCAAUUCUUUCUUACAUUGGGAAACACGCCAGAACUUCAAGGUAAGCAUACGAUGUUCGGAAGGAUACACAACAAUACCAUAUACAAUCUCAUUGCCCUUGCAGAUAGCGUAGGAGAAGUAGGCGAGGAUGAUAAACCGCUUUAUCCACCAAAAUUGAAAACAGUUCGGGUAAUGGAGAAUCCAUUCGAAGGUCAAAUACAAUUGCGCAUUACCAGGGAAGAAAAGCAAGCCGCAAAGAAGAACAAAAAGGAAGCAGAAGCUAGAAAGCUUGAGCGUUCUUCACAGGGAACAAAGAAGAAGAAGAAUACAGCAUUAUUGAGCUUUGGAGCUGAUGAAGAUGGAGAAGAUGGAGAGGAGAUGGUAUUCAAGGGCCCAAAAAGCAGUCACGACCUGCUCAAAGAUGACAAACGUCUAAGACGAGGUGAUGAUUCAAAGGGCAAGGGAAAGCGUAGCAGCGCGGAGGAUGAUACCAUUCCGGCAUCAAUGACAAAACGUAGGGACCUGGUCAGCCCCGAUAGAGAUCAUGAGUCUGAAAGAGCAAAUGAAGCUAUUUCAUUAUCAAACUUGCGUGAAGACCAUGCGUCUAAGAGACAGAAAAAUAAUGCCGAAGAUCAGAUUGCUUCACUGGAGGCGUCCAUUCGUGGAGACUAUGUAAAGAAAGAGGUGGAUGAAGGAGCAGAAAGAUCAGAAAAGAAGGCAAAGGGAAAAGGCAAAUCUUUAUUGGACGAGUAUAAAGCAAAAUACAAAAAGGGCAAAUCAUCCGGCUCAAGCAAAAAGGAUGAAGAGACAAUAGAGAGAUUACGAAAGUUUCAAAAUCGUAUGCGAAGUGAGCAAAACGGUAAAUUCAAGGCAGGAAUACCUAAGCCGGAACCGGAGGAGGAGAUACCGGAGGAUAUGCGAGAGUACGGCGGCGAAGAUGGCGAAGAUGACAAGCAGGGGUGGCGGGAUCAUCGUUUUGAUUUUGGCGGUAAAGCAGUCUUGGAAGAUCAACAUGAGGGUGAAGAAUACAUCACACUUGAUCCGCGAGAUUCUUCCUCCUUCAGCGCUCUCAAGCUAGGCUUUGGUGGUCAAGACGGUCAUCAGAGAGCGCGAGAAGAACAAGCAAGAAGUGGUAGACGAGGUAGGGAUUGGGUAGAUGAAAGAGGAGGAGACAAGCGACACAAUCUUAAUGGCCAGCACAAGUCAUAUGAUCGAGGCAAUCAUUCGAGACAUGAUGAUCAACCUCGUCCUCGAAAUCUUGACAAGUGGUAAAAGAUCUUUCCGCACACAUUCAGACUAUUGCAUUUGUAUUCUAUAUGACAUUCUAUCGAUAAAGUCUAUCGAAGGCCCAAAUUUGUUGUAACAUUACAUGAUUAUUGAAAUUGGAGAUUUAGAGCA